AAGUCAGCUGGUGUUUGGCUGAUUACGUGUAGCUAGCUCCCCAGUAGCUAGCUUGCCAGACGAGACAGUUUCAUCGAGUUUAGUAAUAUAUUAAUUUCAAUUACUCUAUUUCUGCUGCUUUUAAAUGUAUAUCGAAAAAGAGGGAACAUGUAAAGCCACCGAGGAAGCCAAAAACACUGCAAGGGAAUAUUCAGUCGGUGUCAAUAUGAUUCUGUAAACUGCGCUACAAAAGAGACUCUGAAGGAAGCAACAUGUUUGCUAAACUAAAGAAAAAGAUUGCAGAGGAGGCAGCCACAGCUCCAAGGACUGGUGUCCGUAUCCCCCGGACUAUCAGCAAGGAAUCCAUCGCCUCAGUGGGAGCAGACUCUGGGGAUGACUUUGCAUCUGAUGGCAGCAGCUCCAGGGACGACUUGUCAGCCCAACUUCUUCGUAGAAAUGAUCAGAUCCGGAAACUGGAGGCCAAGCUUUCAGACUACGCUGAGCAGCUACGAAUUAUGCAGAAGACCAAGGAGAAGCUUGAAAUUGCUUUAGAAAGGCAUCAGGAUUCAUCGAUUAAGAAACUCCAAGAGCAGAACGAGUCUCAUCAGAGCAGCAGAGCCAAAAUGGCCGAGGGGAUGGCUUUAGCUCUGGAGAAAAAGGAUCAGGAAUGGAUGGAGAAGAUGGCUGAUGUAGAAAAAGAGAAAGCUGCCCUGUCAGCUCGGAUUGAGGAGAUGAUGGAACAGAGUUUAACGCUCUUCCAGAAAAGGGAUGACCUGGAUGAACUGGAAGGCUUUCAGCAGCAAGAGCUUGCUAAAGUUAAACACAUGCUGCUGAGAAAGGAGGAAUUGCUCAGCCUGCGGGAGCAGGAGCUUCAAAAGAAGGAGGCUGAAGUUCAGUCAGCGAAGCGAGGCCUGUCGGAGGCUCGGGGAAAACUCCAGGCUCUGCAGCAGCAGCAUGAGGAGAGCUGCAGACUCAACUCAGAGCUGGAAAUAGAGCGAGAAGAACUGCUGCUGCUUCGAGAAGAAGCAGACAAGAAGAUCGUGGAGCUGGAAGGACGAAGUCAGGAGCUGCAGGCCGUCAUCCAGCAGGUUUCUGAGGACUUCCAAACGUCCCAAAACAUGGUGUCGUCUCUAGAGAAGAACAUUCAUGACUUACAGGCCGAAAAUGAAUCCCUGAAAUUACAUCAACAGAAGGCUGCUGUGGCAGAGGAGGAAAAGGAACGGCUGCUGGUGGAGCUUCAGAAGAAGGUCUCCUCCUUAGGGAGACGGCUGCAGGGGAAUCUGAGCCAAGACGAGCAUCUGCAGGAGCUCCUCCAGGAGAAGUCCAACCUUGAGUUAAGCCUUGAAGAGACCAGAGCAGAGAUGUUGGCUGUUAGGACCAACCAUGCUGACACUGUCAGCUCCCUGGAGGCACAGGUUUCUAAGAUGAGUGGCAGUAUUACUGAGCUGCAGACGCUUCUUCGACACAAAGAGGAUUCCUCCAAGGCCUACAGAGACAGAACAGACGCACAGAUCGCCACUUUGGAGCAAGAGAUUCUUGAGAGAACAGAGAGAAUAAAGACAGCAGAGCAGCAGGUGGCAGAGAAACAGCAGCGCAUGGAUCAAUUGCAGGGGGAGUGGAGUGCAGAGAAGGCCUUCCUGGAGCAGCAGGUGCGUUUGACAGAGCAGCAGAGUGUGGAGCGGGUCGGCCAGCUGGAGGAAAACGUCUCCUCUCUUCACACGGAGAAACUCUCACUUCUGGACAGGGUGGCGGAUCUGGAUAAACAGCUGGUUCAGGCAAACUCCAUUUUGAAGCAGCAAGCGGAGGAACUGGAGAAUUCCAAGGCAGAGCUGAACAGCCGGCUUACUGUGAACACAGAAAUCGCUAAAUCUCUGGAGGAAACCAGACGGCAGAAGGAGGAGCUGCAGAAACAGGUUGGUGAACUGACUGUGGAUCUACAGAACUCCCAACAGGAAUUAUCAAUUGCUGCUAAGAAACUGAGACUGAGGGAUGAGGAUGUCCAAACACUUCAGAAUGAGCUGCAGAGUCGGCAGGACUCGCUGGCUCAGCUGCAGGAGGAGACCGAACGGCUGCGACAGGUGGAGCUGGAUAAAGACUCUGAGCUGAAGAGCCUGAGGGAGGAGCUGCUGAGCCAGACGCAGCAGCUGGACAGCUGCCAGGCACGGAUUUCAUACUUGGAGGUGGAGGUGGAAACACUGACAGAGCAGCUUCAAAGUCUGGAGGGUUGUGAGGAGGAUCAGAACGGCUGCGUGACUCCGGAUGACCUGGAUCACAUCCAGAAGGUCAACAGGGAUCUGGAGCAGCAGCUCAGCGACAAGAACAGGACGAUAAAGCAACUGCAGCAAAGGCUGGCAGAGUUGAAGAGAACUCUACAGAAGGAACUGAAAUUAAAGCCUGAGCUAGAAGCUGAAGGGAAGGAGAAGACUGCGGAAAGUCGAGCAGAGAAACAGGAGCGUGUGAAUUCGGAGCCACCUCCACCAGCAGCCCUAUGCCCCAUCACGUCCAGCAUCACCGUCACCAACACCUCAGACCUCAACGACUCGCGGGAAAUCAACUUUGAGUAUCUCAAACACGUCGUUCUCAAGUUCAUGUCCUGUAGGGAGGCUGAGGCAUUCCAGCUGAUCCGAGCCGUGUCUGUGCUGCUCAACUUCACUCGAGAGGAGGAGGACAUGCUGAAGCAAACCCUGGAGUAUAAGAUGUCCUGGUUUGGAUCCAAACCUUCUCCCAAAGGAAUCAUCCGACCUUCGAUCUCAGGCUCUUCCACUCACUGGAGCUGAUGAACAGCAAAGUGAACCAUGGAGGUGAAGAGAAAGGGAAUAAAGGAGCAGCUCAACCAGAAGAAGGAACUCUUUGUUUUGUUGCCUUUCUUUAAGAAAAAUUCCACUUUGAUCCACUUCUCACAGCGUUUCCCCUGCUCGCUUCGGGUUAAACUCUUGGGUUUUGGCGACGUUGGAGACAAAGGAAAACCCACACAGCAGAAUAAAGAGAUAACUACCUAGCAUUUGUUUAUUGGUUUAUAAGGAAACAUCGAUGCACGUUCUGUUGGAACAAGCGUUUCCAUGAUGAGACUCAGCAUGUUAUUCAGUGGCUCAUAUUUUAAAUCACAAAUGCCUCUUCUGUUAAAAUGUUAGGAAGCAUUACUCUCAGUAGACUGAAGCUGGAUUCUAAUAAGUGAAACAAUCAGAAUCAAUUUACACCAGACCUGGAUUAUCUCUACUUGAAGCUAAUCUCACUUCAGUCUGGGAAUUAUGCUGGUAAUCCCAAAUUUAAAAAGCGGUUCUAUUAAAGAAUUUUACUGUUUUGGGGCUGGGUGUUGAUAGAUUAUUUGUUUUGUUUAUUUUAAAGCAACAUUUCACCUCCCACUGUGUGGUGAGCUAAAUACUUAAUGGCCUUAAUUUAACCUAAUGUUUUAAUAAUGAUGUAUUAAAAAGACUAACAAUGGGCCCUAACUGAAUGCCAGUCAGGGGCCUCUCUGUGACUGCCCAGCAAUGUCUUGCUGUUCUUGGCCCCCAGUGCUAGCAAUAUUACCUGGAUCUGCUCUACAGGUGCAACUGUAUUUAAAAGAUGAGAUGAAUACUAUGUAUAUGUAAAUAAACUUACAUUCCAACAUGUCUGUUUAUGUAUAGAGAUAUGUACAUACUGUAUGCAUUGAGAUUUUUUCUAAAUUGGGGUGUAAAUAUUUUAAUGAAAUGGUUUUAUUGUAUUUAUCUUUAGCGUUGAAAUGUCUCCAUCAGUCCCUCUGCUCUAUGUUUCCCUUCAGUCCUGACUUUCAGACACUAUUCUUUUUCUGAAAUAUUGAUUUGUGUUUCUGGGAUACAGGAAACCCUUUAAACACAGCUGUCAGGUUAUCUUGUUUACCUAAUGACUGGUAGCAGGCUAGUCAUACUGACUAUCUGGGUGUGAUGGAUGUCAUUGGAAGCUGUAUGUAAUCAUAAGUUAAGCCGUGUAAGGUCUUUUUAACCUACUAUUCCAUCACUACAGUUUCGUCUCCAGCUUUUCUAUGAUUUAAUGAUGCCUGCAACUACAGUUGAUUACUUUUGAAUGGUGAUUAUGAAUAAACCCAAAGGUCAUGAAACCAGA